ACCGAGCGCCGCGAUGGGGCUGGAAACCGAGAAGGCGGACGUCCAGCUUUUCAUGGAGGACGACGCCUACAGCCGCCACAGCGGCGUUGACUACGCUGAACCGGAGAAGUUUGCGGCGUCGGGCCCUGACCGGGAUCCCCACCGGCUCAACUCACAUCUCCAGCUGGGCUUCGAGGAUGUGGUCGCCGAACCGGUGUCUACGUACUCCUUUGACAAAGUGUGGAUUUGCAGCCAUGCCCUCUUUGAGAUCAGCAAGUACGUGGUCUACAAGUUCCUGACGGCGUUCCUAGCCAUCCCCCUGGCCUUCGCUGCGGGAAUUCUCUUUGCCACCCUCAGCUGUCUGCACAUCUGGAUUAUAAUGCCUUUUGUAAAGACCUGCCUAAUGGUCCUGCCUUCAGUGCAGACAAUAUGGAAGAGUGUGACAGAUGUUGUCAUUGCGCCAUUGUGUGCAAGCGCAGGACGAAGCUUCUCUUCUGUCAGCCUGCGACUGAGCCACGACUGAAUACUUGGACCCCAGGGACAUCUCUAUACAGCUCCUAUCCGCGAACAGGGCAACAUCUACAAGCCCAACAACAAGGCCAUGGCAGAAGAAGUGAACGAAAAGCAAGUGUAUGACGCGCACACCAAGGAGAUCGACUUGGUCAACCGCGACCCCAAGCAUCUCAACGACGACGUGGUCAAGAUAGAUUUUGAAGAUGUGAUUGCAGAACCAGAAGGGACACACAGUUUCGAUGGCAUCUGGAAGGCCAGCUUCACCACCUUCACUGUGACGAAAUACUGGUUUUACCGCUUGCUGUCUGCCCUCUUCGGCAUCCCGAUGGCGCUCAU